AUGCGCUGUUCUCCCCUUUCCUCUCCUGAAGACGCUUCUGCGCCUUCCAGCGAACCACCUGCAGAGGACGCGAGCUCGCCUUCCGCGGCGCACUCUCUCGACAUGGCGUCUGCGCCCGUGUCGCUCUCCGUGUCGGGAGAGCAAAAGUUUGCUUCUUGUCCCUCUGCCUCUUCUCCAGGUGAGAAGGUGCCUUCUUCUGAUUCACACUCGUCUUCGAUGAGAGAGGUUCGCGGCGUGUCUGCCAAGCCCUUAGAAGGCGAGGGGGGUUCUCUGCCGGCUCCGUCGCCGGAAACUGGGGGAGGGCGGUGGGCAGAGCAUGAGGACGAAGAGCGGAGGAAAGAAGAGGGGCGCGAGAACGGAGGAGAAACAGAAGAGCGGAGGCAGGGACAAGACAGAGAGACAGAGGAAGCAGACCCGACAGGAUACGAGGAACAGACGAGGGACAGAGAAGACAGCGGUGGACGCAACGCACGGAAGCAUGAAGGAAAGGAUGAAGCAGGGAACCAAGAGAUAGGAAAAGAUGAAGGGGAAGAGGGUGAAGAAGCGGCUGCGAGGGAAUCCUGUCCCCGAGAGCCGGAGAAGGAAGCAGGGGAAGAGGGAGGACAAGAGAGGGGAGAGGAGACAACCUCUGCUGAAGGUUCGUCCGAGGCAGCAAGAGAAUUCUGCUGGCAGUGUCUGCACUCCUGGCUCCGACGAGGAGCCAGCGAGUGUCCUGUGUGCAAGGGCCACACGACGACUAGCAACGUCAUCCCCAUUUACGGCCGGGGCGCUGAAAAGCAUCCCCGCGAUGCGCCGGAUAAAGGCGAGACUGCCGCAGGCAGGAUCCCCGAGAGGCCGCGGGCGGAACGGCCGGAGCCUGGGCCGCAAAGCCAGUCGAGUGUCAGGUUCGGGCCCGGCGACACCAAAGACAAGCGUUGUUUCGGCAGCGGGCGGGAUUCGGUUUUCGUGUGUCCGUGCACCUGGGGUUUCGCGGGCGGAACUGGCGGUGCGAGUUUGUCGUUUGGUUUGUUUCCUUUCUUCGGCCUCGGAGUGACGUGGGGAGGCGGAGCCGUCAACACAGGCUUCUCCACCUCCGCGUCCUCAGCCUUCGACUGGCUGUUCUUUCCGCCUGGCGCACAUCGGCGGCGUCCGGGGGUUCAUCGUCCAGACCAAGUUCUCACAGAGGAACAGCAGCGCAUGCAGUCUCUCGGCUUCCUCCUCCUGGCCUUUUGUUUCGUGUUGUAUAUCAUUUUUAUUGCCUAG